UAAUGCCUCACUCUAUCCGCAACAUCCUCUUUGCCCAACCUUGAUAGAAAAUUCACCCGCCACACUUCAGCCACCUCUUGAUACUGUUACGAAAAUAGUCUCACAAGUACGGAGAGCGAACCAAAUACCACAAUGGCGUACCGCAAGAAGUCCCUCCUUAUUGGCAUCAACUACCACGGCUCAUCCCACGCCUUGAAUGGCUGCAUCUCCGAUAUAGAAAACAUCGCUGAAUUUCUCAGCUAUCGAGGAUACAGCGAUGACCAACGCUCUCGAGUGACCUUGAGCGACGCGCCUACCACGGAUCCCCAAGGACCGUUCUAUCCGACAGGCCACAAUAUCCUGGCAGCAAUGGACUGGUUGGUCUCUGAACCAAAUUGCACUCUCUUCCUCCACUACUCCGGCCACGGAGGCCAGAUUCACGAUGUCGACGGGAACAGAGACAAUGGCAUCGAUGACUCAAUUGUUCCGAUUGACUUCGAGCAGCGUGGACAGAUUAGCAGUACUAUUCUUCAUGAGCAUUUGGUAACAUAUAUGGCGCCCGGGUGCACUUUGUUCAUCAUUAUGGACUGUUGUCAUUCGGGUUCUGCAGUUGAGCUACCAUUUGUUUAUCGUUCGGACUCGGAUGGUAACAUCUCGCUGUUGGAUAACCUGAAGGCAGGUGUGAAAUUGGUCGGUGAAGCGCGAGACCUUAUCGAUGGUGGCUUUUCGUACAAUAAAAUGGGCGAGGCACGAGAGCUCCUUGCUGGUGCUUCAAGUUUCUUCCAAGGCCUGAGACACAUGGGUGAGCAAGAAGAGGAGGGUCUGGAGGGCGGGGAGUUUGAAGGACAAUAUGGCAGCGAAAAGAAGAUGGUGACUAUGUUUAGCGGUUGUAGGGAUGACCAAACGAGUGCGGAUGCCAGAAUCGAAGGAGAGCACACGGGCGCAAUGACUUGGGCCUUCUUGGAAGUCAUGAAGAAUGAGAGUGAGCCAACCUACGGUCAGACAUUGCAAAUGACGAGGCACAUGCUUGAUCAAAGCAAUUACACGCAGGUGCCACAGUUGAGUUGCGGUGUCGAAAUCGACUUAGAGGAUAUGCGAUUGAUGAUAUGAGGGAUGAGAAUCAUAGACGUGAAGACGCACAAAGACAUAGGCUGGUAUGCACCGAGUAUAAAUGAAAGAGAAAAGAGAACUUUGGAAAUGGUCCAGAAUUAUUUACCGAAAGUGGUCUGUUCUCGGUGGCUAAAGAGCUGAUCGCGGAACUCACUACCAUGACUGUCAAAGGAGCGAUGUCCGGGCGCCGCCAUGCAUUUAUGUAGAUUGAUACUCUGGGUAUUCGUCAUUAUCAAUCGACCUGAAGUGAAACUUCCCUUUCUUCGUGCU